AAGAAAGCAACGGGCAAAGUGGGUCCCCCAAUUUCAUCCCCUGCUCACACAUGAAACGACUGUGUUUAGACAAAAGCCCUAGCCCAAUUUCACCCCCAAAAUUCCCUCCCCCAAUUUCAUCCCCCGCUCAAAAUUCCCUCCCCCAAAAUUUCGGCAAAAGCCCUAGCUGCUCCCUCCUCCUCAAUUAGACAUGCCUCUCUCGCUGCUCUCUAUUAGGACGUGCACUGGCGUCGGAGUCAGAGACGGUGACAAGAGGCUUACUAAAUCGAUUUUGUUUCAUCAAUUAGUUCUGAUUGCAAUGUCACGUAGACGUGCUGCUACAUUAGAGGAUCCUAUUGAGCAUGGGAGGAUGCGUGAGCCACCACGUACAUGGUAUCCGAUUGGCAACAACCUCAACUCGUCCUCCCAAGGCGAGACUAGAUCACUUUCAGAUGGCUCAUCAUCGGAAGUUGGUAACUUUUCAACGCAAACCCGAGGGAGAGGUCCCUCAUUGAUGAAUGCAUCAUGGAGUACGGGUAAUAACCCAAUAAAGAUUGUACUAAAUGAUAGGGGACAACCUGUAAUGCCUGAAGCAUCUUCUCUUGCCACUAAUUUGGGGGUGUUGGCGAGGGAUGGUUCCCUUCUACCAUUGCACUAUACGGAUUGGCGAUACGUCCCUGCGCACUAUAAAAAGAGAGUAUGGGAAGAAAUCAAGGCUCAUACAGAUGCAAAUGAUUCUAUGGAGAGGUGGUUCAUGCAAUCUCUUGGAAGGAAAUGGCAAGGAUGGAAAUGUGAAGCAAAAAAACAAGGAUACACGCCAUAUAAUAAUGAUGCAGACAGAAUAGCUCAUAGGCCUAGUAGAGUUACGGAGGAGCAGUGGUGGUGUCUGAUGUAUUAUUGGAAUGAUAGAGAUAUAAAGGAGAAUAGUAUAAACAACAAGGGUUACAAGUCCCAACAAAAAUUACUACACACAAGUGGGCGGACACCACAUUAUUUUUUAGCAAAAGGUUUGAUAGAUAAAAAUUGUUUAUUUUAUUUUAUCGUACUUCACAGCAUUUUUUUGACAUGA